CCCCAGGGGAUGUCUUAAAUCCUCAAAAAUCGCAUAAUCACGGUCCGCAACUUAUUUAAUUAGAGCCCCAACUUUGGAGCGGCAAAAACAAAAAAAACAACCCUGCCCUCUACGUGUUAUAUAAAAAUCAAUAUAGAGCAAGACCGUGAGAGAGCAAACAGAGAAUCGCCAUUUAUUGUGUGUGUCUGUUUUGGCAGCUCUAAAAUAGAGCCUUUAAAUAAUUUUAAUCGAGCCAAAUUAAACGAUAAAAGUUCAGUUCGCGUUAGUCGUUCGUCGCGUAAGAACAACGUCAUUUUAAAAUAAUUGAGAAGUGCGUCUUUGAUUUGUUUAUUGUUUUCAUUUUUCUUACGUGGAAAACUGAUGAAUGGGGCCACAGUGUGAUGGACGCGAGCGAAGCCGCUUUGGAUUUGGGGGAUGGAUAAUGAACAACCCCACCAGGAGUUGGUAAAGUGCGUAGUGGUGGGGGACACAGCCGUCGGUAAAACGCGACUGAUCUGCGCCCGAGCGUGUAACAAACAGGUAUCUUUGGCGCAAUUGCUAGCCACCCACGUACCCACCGUAUGGGCAAUCGACCAAUACCGCAUCUACAAAGACGUGUUGGAAAGAUCAUGGGAAGUCGUGGACAGCGUCAACGUCAGUUUACGGUUGUGGGACACGUUCGGCGAUCACGAAAAGGACCGACGGUUCGCCUACGGACGCUCGGACGUUGUUCUACUAUGUUUCAGCAUCAACAGUCCUGUAUCACUGCGCAACUGCCGAUUAAUGUGGUACCCGGAGAUUCGUCGUUUCUGUCCCGGUACGCCUGUCUUAUUGGUCGGGUGCAAGAACGACCUGCGCUACAUGUACCGGGACGAGGCGUACUUAUCGCACUUCCGCGAUCGAAGUCCGUUCGUUCGUGCGACGAGGAAAAGCGAUCUGGUCAUGCCGGACGAGGCGAGGGACGUGGCCAGGGAGUUCGGAGUUUACUAUUACGAGACUUCCGUUCUCACUUACUACGGAGUUAACGAAGUGUUCGAAAACGCAAUUAGGGCCGCACUUAUCGCUCGGAGGGCGCAACGUUUCUGGAUGACCAAUCUGAAGAAGGUGCAACGGCCUCUCUUACAGGCCCCAUUCAAACCGCCGCCGCCUCCAAAACCAGAGGUGCACGUAACAUCCAGUUGCUACGCAGACCAGUUGCGCAACUUAUGGUUAGGCCGCGCUCAUACUGAUAUCGUCUUAGUGGUCGGCUCAAUGGGUUUUCCUGCUCACCGAUACGUGCUGGCGGCUUCUAGUGGUGCAUUUUAUCGAUUGUUAACAGUCGAUUUGUUAGCGCGGAGCACAAGCGAUUCUAGUAUGGUGAGUUCUUUGGGUGAUUUUGCUGAUGAAACGGAGUGUCUUGUACGUGCUGAACAAAAAACUUGUAAGCGAAGAGCCAGUUGUCAAGCACUGCCCACUGCACGGGAAUUAUUGGACCACCCUGCAUUUCAAUGUAUUCGAAAUGUUCAGCCCGAAGGACAAACCGUGGUUACCCUAACGAAAUUAGUCACCCCUGGAGCUAUGCAACAAUGUUUGCAGUUUGCAUACACCGGAACUGUGGACCGAAGCGCCCUUAACUUAGAGGAAACUCGGGAAGCCGCCGAAUUUUUGGAACUUCCUCAACUUUUGAUCCUUCUUACGAAACAUCCAUUCGUCGCACCCGAUCCGCAUGAUGCGACUUUUGAGCGUUUUUUAAAGCGUCGUUUCCGAGAUGUUUGUCUGGAACAAGGACUAUUCGCCGACGUGGUUUUUGAAUUGGACGACGGCGCAUGUACGGCUCACAAGUCAAUGCUUGCCGCCCGUUGUGACGUCAUGAAAGCGAUGUUUAGCGGCGACUUUCGGGAAAGUCAAGCUAAAGUGAUUGGUUUUCCUGGCAUAAGAGAGUAUACAUUUCAUAAGUUGUUAUGGUUUUUGUAUACCGAUGAAUUACCGGCAGUGCAAGCUUCAAAGUGCGUCAACAUUUUCGAACUAGCCAACCGACUUUGCUUGCCACGAUUGAUCAAUUUGGUGGAGAAGAGGGUUAUUGAAGAUCUCGAGUGCUUACAACCCUCAGAAGCGAUUGAACAAUGCUUACGACUAUUGGAGCCCGUUAAGCUUCACAAUGGUCAUCAAUUGGCCGAUUGGUGCAUGAACCACUUGUGCACAAACUACAACAAAUUGUGUCGAAUGUCUCCUCGCAGUUUACGUCUUCUGCAUCCCGAAAACCAGGCCUAUUUGGUGGAGCAUCGAUGGCCACCCGUUUGGUACCUCAAAGACUACGACUACUACCAGAAAUGCCACGUAGAAAGAGACAAAGAGAUGACCAAGCCUAAUGAGAAAAACGGGUCGGGUUGUCUUUGUUUCUCGCGCAAAUCUGAGUCCGAUCCGGCCCUCUCCUCGAGCCAACUUUGAUCGUUUUUAAGUUCCUCGUAAAGCGUUAAAGAAACUUGUCCGGCUGUUGUCCUUAAGCGACUCCUUUUUUUCCGACAUUGGAUAAUUAAUUUCAUUAAAAAAAACAUGCUUAAACAGCACUGUGCUUAGAUCAGCAUUAUAUCUUUGUCUAAUAGAAUAAGAGAGAUACAACAAUUUGAUUUUAUUAAAGAAGUCCAUCUUGAAAGUGGAGUGAAUGAUUAAUAAGGAAGAUAAUUUCUUAGAAGGAAGUUUUACACAAAAAAAAACAUUCUUCACCAUAUAAAAUGCAAAUCUUAUAUCAAGAGUGAUGCAUUUCAAUGAGAUAAUUAUUCGUCAUCAUGAUCACCGGACUUAACACUUAACUUCACUGAUCACAAUCAAAAUUAGUGAAACUAAGAGUUAAGCAUUUUAUUCUGUAGGGUAAAGACUUUCUUCUAAGAAAGUAUUUUCCUUAUUACAUCUUGCUUGUCUCUCUUAAGUAAUUUUUUCUGAUUUGCCCUGUAUAUAGUUUUUUUCCAAGCAGAAAUAGCCUAACUCUAAAUGAAGUUAUGCUGAAAGAAUAACGGCCAGACUACAUAAAAAAAUUUAAGGGUUAAAUGUGAGACUGUGCGUUCCAGAAUGAAGGGCAUAUCAGUAGGAUUAGGGUUUAUUUUUUAUGUUAGAAUAUUAUUAUAGGCUUAUAGGGCGCCUAGCAGACAUUUUUACUAGAAUAUAUGAACUUAAAAAAAAGUGAUGACAAUUAUUAGGUACCUAGUUAAAAGUACACCAUGUAUAGCCUCCCCAAAACAGAGUGGCAUAACAAAGAUAAUUUUUUUUUAAAAUGCACUUUUAAAUAUCACAUUUCGCAUAUUUAGCAAUAAUUGGUACAUAUAUUUGUUGAAAGAGCGCCACUAUUAGCAGCUAAGGAUGUGAUUUAAAAAAAUAUGGUAGGAACGCACAACUUGACAUUUGCCCUCGUUUACUAAAAUAAUAUUUAAUCAUGUAACAAUUAUUUAGCAUAAAAAUUUCGUGCCCAAUUAGUAGGUUAGUAUAUUGGAAAAAAAAAUAAAAAUUCGCAUUAUUUCGUUUUUCAAACUUAAAUGUAAUGUCAAUUAAUAAUUUUAAAAAAACAAUCAUAGCGAAGUAAUAAUGAUAAAUAUUUAUCCCAGUUUUGAAAUUUAUAGCAGCGGAUAAUUUUAUUAGUGGAACUUAAUUUUUUUUAAAUGACUAACUCACUUUUUUAAUAGUACUUUAACUAAAAAACGAAACAAUCCGGAUUUAAGUGUCUGUUAAAUCUAUCUUAAAACCCUUUUUAUAACAUCUACUUUAAUAAAAAAUAAAUCACUUUAUAA